AUGCUGCCAAUAUGGAGUCUCAUCUACGUGCUCGUGCUCUUCAUCUCGUUCAUCGCGACGUCCAUGGCCGUGUACACCAUGUUCCGCAUGAAGCAGCGCAUCCGUACUUGCGUCUUCUACGCCAUGUACGCGUACUUUAUCUCGCGCACAAUCUACUCGCUCACGCGCGCUGUCGUCCUCGCGGCCGUCGUCGACCAGUUCUUCCAGGCCAACUCGACGUGGAUGGAGCUCGAUAGCCACCGCGACGUGAGCGCCUUUAGCCCGCUCACCGACAGCUCCAUCGAUUUGACUCUGGAUGCACCGCCCAACGUCGUCAUGUGGUUCCUCCUCAUUGGCGACGCAGCGCUUAUUGCGGGCGCGCUCUGGAUGCUCGUGCUCGUGCUCGAGCUCGUGCGCUUGGCGCGUAAGGCCAUGGACCGCGGCUCGAUCCGCGAAGCCCGCACGAUCAAGUUCUAUGGCGCCGCCAUCAUGGUCCUUGUGCUGAUCUACUUUGCGCUCUCGUUCGUGCUCUCGACGGGACGCACGGAAGGCGCGACGCCCAACUCGAUGACUGUGAGCUUCUACUCGGGGCGGUUCAAAUCCGUGCUCAUUACCGCCAUUUCCAUCCAGUCGGGCGUCAUCCUGCUCGUCGUUUCGGCGAUGUGGUUGUUGCGCCGGCGCGGUCGCAACUUUGAAAGCGUCGAUGGCGAACUCACAGCGUCGCCGCUCUAUAUGCGUCUCAAGCGCAUCCUUAUGGUCUACUGCGGCAUGUCCCUUCCGUACAUUGGUAUGACGUGGCUCUCGCUUCUCUGCUCGCAACUCGAUGCUGAGUUGCCGUCUGUGCUCCUCGGUAUCGCGACAAUUUUGUACUUUGCGUCGGGCCUCGUCUUUGCAAUCGUCAUGGUUGGGAGCCAACAGUGCUGCUACGCGUGCCUCUUGCCCGCCGACGAAGUGCGCACGGCACAACUCCACUUGUCGCCGAGCCCCAAGCACGCGCUGUCCCCGGUCGCGUACCCCGUCUUUGUCAACACGGACAUUGA